AUGGAGGCCCUGGACCUGCACCAAGAGGGCGCCCCCCGUGGCUGCCCCGGCCUGGCCGCCAACCCCAACUUCAUCUGCGUCACUGCGAAGUCUCCCAAGGCCAGUGCCCAGUUUGUGCUGCCCCAGGAAACCCCCAUCCGCCAGUUCAAGGAGGAGCUCUCGAAGCACUUCCAGUGCGAGGCACGCCAGCUGGUGCUGGUCUUCUUCGGGAGGCUCUUGAAGGACCAGCACACCCUCCGGCAGUGCGGGAUCGGUGAUGGGAUGACUGUCCACCUGGUCAUCCGGUCCCUGGAGAGAGAGCCGGAAGUCUCUGCACCAACGGGCACCAGCCUGGCCCUGCCCGCCAUGAGCCCCAGCUCUCUGGAGAGAAAUCCCUCCGGCACGGAGUGGCACCCGAUGCCGUCCUCAGAGAUGGUUGUUCAGAAGGUGCGGCAGCUGAUCUUGGCCAACCCAGAGAUCCAGCAGCUGGCCCAGCAGUUCCCUGCCAUCUGCCACAUCCUGAACCACAUGGGCAUCAUGCGGGUGAUCUUGGACAAGAUGAGGGAAAUUAUGGACCUCGCAAAGAACCCUGAGGUGGAGCAGCAGCUGAAGAAUCCGGAGCCACUCCUGAUCGGCGUCCAGAGCAACACUCCUGGCGGGGACAACCCCUUGAGGCAACUCAGCAGCGAGGCUCAGGAGCCAAGUGCAGGCCAGGACCCCCUUGGCACCCUGGCCAGGAACCCUCCUUAUCCAGAACACACGGCCAGGGGGGGCGAGGGGGGAGGCUCCCCAUGCGCCAACUCUUUCCCCGCCUCCAACAGCUAUGGGAGGUUUUGCACCAACAACUCCAGCAAUGAGGAAGGGGCCCUCUCCGGCCGCCUUCCCGGGCCUCCCCUGCCCAGCCUUGGGCCCAACCCCGGGGCAGGACCGUGCAACGUGGGGGGCAUCCAGGCCCUGAUUGUGAACCUCUGCAAAACCUACACCCAGCGCAUGAUGCUCUCCCUCAUGCAGAACGCGCUGCUCGCCUCCGGAGGGUCGCAGGCCAGUCAGCAGGACCACGUCCAGCAGCAGCUGCAAAACUUCUACCAGCAGAUGCAGCGGCCGGAAAUGGUGGCUGCCAUGUCCAGCCCCAAGGCCAUCCAGGCCUGGGUGCAGAUGGAGCAGGGCCUGCAGGCGCUGAUGGAGGAGGCCCCGGUGCUGAUCCCCUGGUUCGUGCUGCGCUUGAAGGGUUUGGGGCCCAGGUCUGCGAUGGGAGCCGUGGCCAUCGGCUCCCCCUCGGAAGGAGAAGCAGCUGCGUUGGAGUAG